AUGGUCGGACCGAUGACUGCGGCCAGUGCCGUGCCUAUUCGAUCAGGUACUGCCGCUCUCCGUGCUCCAUUGCGCUCAAGCGCCUUCCGCCACCAUGCCUCGUCUUCAUUGCGAGCCCACUCGACGUCGUCCGGCUCGAAGGUCAAGGCAGCCAGCAUUAUUGCAGGAGGAAGCCCUUCUGCUCGGAACAAACUACGAUACGCUACUGCUGCGGGAGCUGUGACCACAGUCGCCUUGACAACAUGGUAUGCUACCACCUCACCCGUACAUUGUGAGGCCGCACAAUCAGUAGCCACGAAUGCCGAUAUUACUCCCACGACCAUGUCACAGCAAGACCAGAUGCGUCAGCGUGCAAAGCUGAAAGGUGUCUACGCAUGGGGCUCGAACAGAUACAAUGUCGUUGCUCCAGAUGCUCCUUCAGUAACGCUCAUUCGAUCUCCCCGCUCCAUUCCGUUCUUCGACGGAGUGGCUCUUCGAGAUAUUUGCCUGCAAGAAAAGCACGGCGUUGCUGUUGAUGCUGAAGGAGAUGUCUAUCAGUGGGGCCUUGGAUUCUUUGAUCCCUCCGUGCGCGAGAUGACAGCGAUCGAGGACGUGCCUCUUGGACGCAAGAGAGAGAAGGCCACUGCCAACGUUCGGGCUCCUCUUGGCGGCACUGCAACUCUCGUACUGAACCCGGUCAAGACGCUGAAAGGCAAGAAUAUCAUCAAGGUAGAAGCGACUGAAGAAAAGAUCUAUGCUCUGUCGAAAGACGGCCACGUCUACGUGUUCUCUGCGGUUCAGCAGCUCCAGUCUAAGCCAAAGUACCCGGGCUGGUCUGCAAACCCAUUCAAGCUCUUCAACGCUUUCGCCAGUCCCACUAUUGACCACGAAGUGCUUCACCCCGCUCCUUCUGCACACUGGGGCAGCACUGAGAAGGUGCAAGACCUCGUUGCUGGAAGCCACCACCUUAUCACUGUGACCAACAAGGGUCGAACAUUCGCAACGCCCAUCGGCGAUGAGGGCAACACAUUUGGCCAGCUCGGUACCCGUCGUGUCUGGCUCAAUGCACCCAAGACCCCCGACAGCAAAGCAGGUCAUGUCGAGACUCUACUCGAACCUUGUGUCUUUGCCGAGCUUGAGGCAAACCACGGUGGUCGACCCGUUUCUACGCUCGUUCCCUCUGGCUGGCUCCCUGCUCCAUCCACCGAGACCGACCGCACCUCCAAGCCAAAGGCUAGCUCAGAACCCGCCUUCGAAACCAACACUGACCAAGCUCCCCCUCCCAAACCUCUUACCGAACCCAUUGGAAGUAUCCGAUGGUGCACUACCCUUCACGAGAUCCCUGCGCUCCGCAACCUCAACAUUGUCCAAAUCGCUGCUGGUAGCGAGCACUCUCUAGCCCGCACUCACGAUGGACGUGUGCUUGCAUGGGGCCGGCACACGCACGGCCAAUGCGGUCUUGGCACCAACUUCAGCAUGGAAUGUGUCCCUGUUCCCACUGAGGUGGUGCUGAGUAGGUCAUUCGCCAACAGUUCGAUGGAUGUGCGAGCGAGCUCGAUUGCUGCUGGUGCGGAUAACUCGUUCUUUAUGACGACUCGUCGUGAGCAGAACGGGAUGAAGAUCGAUCUUUUGGCUUCUGGUAAGGGUCAGUGGGGUUCGAUUGGGAAUGCGAUGUGGAGUCAGGUCGUUUCUAAGCCUUCGCGAGUUAAGACUGUGUCGGGGUUGAUGGAGUUUUCGGAAGCUACGGGUAAGACGCAUCCUGUUCCUAUUCACAGUAUCAGUAUUGGCAAGCCAGGCCAUGUUGCGCUUGUGCUCGAUACUGUCGAGUCGGCAGAUCACUUGGCUUUCGGUCGCGAUGUGAUGGUUUGGGGUGCCAAUGCAGGUUUCCAACUCGGUCUGAGCAAACGAUCCAACCUGGCUGUUCCUCAGCAUCUUAAGCCGCUCCCCGCAUUGACGACCGUUGAGGGCGGGAACAUUCUCUCGGAACAGGAUGGAAUUGUUGUGUCGGCUGCUAAGGCAGCCGCUAUGCCUCAGGCGUCCCUGCCAACCGCCGACCCAAAGUUGCGAGAGGCGGAUAUCAACUCGGGCGCCCUAACGCACAUGCCUCAUAACCGAUUACAGCUCGCAUCAAAGACUAAGGCCAAUACCCACCUGCCACCUACAGACUCGUCGAAAGAUCAGAUGACCACGGCACCAGCGACAGUUUUGGCUCAGACUGGAAAGGGCAAGACAAAGAAGAAUUUGACCAUGGAAGAGAGCAUCAAGGCUGGAACUGUUUCGACUGUUGUUUAUUGGAAGAUCCUUGAUUGA